UAUAAAAGGUAAGCAUUCACUGCAGCCCCUCAUCAGUUCAGUCUUGUCCUUUGAAGAAGCUAUAGUUCCUGUCUUCUGAAAAUUCCCAAAAUGUCUUUCUCAAGAAGCAAGAGGUUCAAUGAUAAAAUUGAAACAACGCCUGGACCUGGGCAAUAUUCAAUAAUUGGAGAAUUUGGCAGUGAUGCCAAAAAACACAAAAUUCAUGCUUCUCCGAGAUUUCAUGAAACGUGCAAACGAUUAAUAAAAAUGAAUCGAAGAAUGUGCCCAGAGUGCACCAAUGUCGAUAUUGCUACACAUCAGUCGCCUAAAGAAGUCGUCAAUCGAGACACACCUCGACAUCAGAAAGUCCACCAGAACGUAACGUUCAAGAACAAGGAAAAUACUGUUCCCGAAUAUAAGAAGGCUUUGUAUUACUUCCGCUUAUUCCGCAAAGUGGUGGAAGCAGAGAAAACCGAAUUAUCACAGAAAUAAAAUACCUAACUUGCAAGAAAAAAAAAUGUAAAUAAGUCACCAAAAAAUACUGUAAAUACCAUAAUAAUAUUAUAAGUUAUUAUUUACCUUACUACCUAUAUAUUCAUUUGCAUUGUAUUAAUUAUAUUUGUCAAAUUUUUCUUA